UCUGGAGCUCCCUUCAUGCCACAGAACACAUCGUCUAAUGGCAAUAAUGUCUUUAUGGACGUUGCCUCCAAUGUUGUACUAAGGUCGUAUAAUUUGUUUAUACUUAAUUUAUUAUAGUAACUCAUUGCUUUUGCUAGUGCUACUUCUAGCUACUUCUAAUAUAUCAGUCAGAGGCACUCAGACUCACAUGAUAUGACUUCUAGUUGAUCUACCACGUAUAUCAGGAGCACUCAGACUCGCAUGACUUCUAGUUGAUCUACCACGUAUAUCAGGAGCACUCAGACUCACAUGACAUGACUGCUAGUUGAUCUAGCACGUAUAUCAGGAGCACUCAGACUCACAUGACAUGACUUCUAGUUGAUCUACCACGUAUAUCAGGAGCACUGAGACUCACAUGACUUCUAGCUGAUCUACCAAGAUAACCAGCAUUCUAACCAAAAUUUCUAAUCCUCGUUCUGGGCUGGUGAAUGGCAUGGGUACGACCUCCACUGCAGAUCAGAGCUCUUACGGAAACUUCAACGGGUCGCAGCCGAACUACAACAAUAACCUAGCUGGGAGUGCUGGGACAACAGGCUUUCAGAUGGGGAAUGCGAAUAGUGCCACUGCGUCAUCUUCCGUAUCAUCUUCCGCAUACAUUAAGGCUAGAAGUAGAAAUUAUCCAUCAUCCAUCUACUUAGCCAGCUGCAUCUCCUCUAGCUCUAAACUUAGCAGCGGUUUCAUGCCAGCCACCGGAGGCGGAC